AUGGCAUGGUUACUGGCAGCUGGUGGUAUAGCAGCCGUUGGUGGCAUUCUUGCUGCAAACUGGGAUUGGUUCAAGAAUAUUCCAAGGCCAGAUUUAGCUUAUCUGAGUGCUAUUAAACUCAAGGCUUUAGAUGGGUCAGGAAAGGAGAUCAUGGCUUCUGACCUCUGGAGAAAUUCGGGUGCAGUCAUUAUGGUCAUUAGAAGACCAGGAUGAAUUUUGUGUAUAGAGGUACUGUAUCACAAAGUGACAAUUUAAGAGAUAUCCUUUAAACAAAAAAUUUAUUUAAAGGAUCUCUUAUAUGGUGCCACCUACAGAAUUCUGGAUGAAAAGGUGUAAGCGGAGGCAUGCUUGAAUAACUUGCAAAACAGUAGGUAGUGUCUGAGCAAAAAAUAUGCUAGUGUUGAGUAUCAUGUCACCAGGCACAUGUCACUUAAACUUUUCUUUUAUCUACAUGGCGCACACAACACAGAAGACUGUGUUCUGUGAAACAAAUAUGCAGUACUUUGACAUUGAGCAAGGUGACACGAUAGUGAGAGCAAUGUGACAUACAAUUACACAGUGACAAAACUAAAGAUACAUGUAUUUAUUAACUUAAGUACCGCUAUACUUGGCACAACCUGGCUUCUGUUGCUUUUAGGGGACUGUUGCUCUAAAGAGGAAAACAAGUAAGCUUAAGUGAGCAAGCAAAAUGAUGGGUUUAAUAUGACGAAAAAAAAAUGAUGUCGUGUGUUUGACAACAAAGAACAAAGAACGAAUAAAGUGCAAAUACUGGUCAUUUCUUUUUCAUUUCUUUUGUAAUUUUUCGAUUUUAGGCAAUUUGACGCAGAUUCAAGUGAGAAUACAGAAAAUAAUAAAAUAUAAAAUACAUUCAUGUUUUUUUCUCGUUUUAUUAUAUUCUACAUUUGGCGUAAACAUUCAUUACCUAGUCACAGAAACUCAUCAUUAUUUUUGUUUCUGCAUUCAGUAAGUUUUUUGCUCUAUAAAGCGAUGGUCCUUUAAAAGUAACAAAAACCUACAACUUCCAUGUAGCACUCCUUAUUAGUAUGGUGCUUGGACAAAUAUAAUAGAAUUGGUGGGCCUAACUAUGGAUCUGUAUGAAAUACAUCAAACACUUACAGGUGUAUCUAAAAGUUUUUGCUUUCCUUUUUUAGGAGGCUUUAGAGCUCUCCUCUCUGAAACCUGAACUUGACAAGAGAGGUAUAAACCUUGUGGGGAUAGUUCAUGAAGAAAAAGGUGUGAAGAAGUUUCAGCCAUAUCUAAACUCUCCGAUAUACUUGGAUGAAGAGGUACAACACAUAGCAGGAUAACAUUAUGCGCUUGCUAAAGGCACAACAUUAUCCCAUUACUUUGUGUUUAGAGAGGGAAACUUAAAGGAAUUUCUACAGUUUAAUUGUGAAUGAGCAGUUGAUGAUAUUAGAUAAUGUAAGCAUCAAUACAUUCCAAACUCUAAAUCUACUCUUCCUUGGCAACUAUGAUCAUUGAGUGUGUCCCUAUCUGGAUCAGGAUUUAUGAUCCAAGAUCACGGCAGGGGGUCACGGUGCAUCAAAGGAACCAUUGUGUCCUUUUGCACAGGGGAUUCAUUGGUUUCUCUGAUGCAGUAAUAAUGAUGCAAGUAAUCUUGGAUGAUAAAUCCUGAAUUGGAUCAUCCCAAAGGCAGGGGCGGAUCCAGAAUUUUUUUUAGGAGGGGGUGCACUCGUCUCUUGCUCUACUUCAACACCAAUAAACCACAUAGUUGUUUUUUUUUUUUGCAGAAUACUAGUUGUAUAAAGAAAACCGCAGGUUAUCUCAGGGGAGUGGUGCUCACCCCCUGCACCCUCCCCCUAGAUCCAUCCCUGAAAGGAAUGCACUCUUAAUUCCCCCACCUGUUUAUAACAUUAUUGAUUAAGCCCUGGGUAGAAUAAUAGUAUUUUUUGAAGCUCCUUUACGCUAAACCAAGGGGACCACAAGAGUCAUCACGGUAACUAACUCUAGCUUGUUGUUAACCUUUUCAAGUCCCAAUAUCCACAUACAAAUUUUUCAGAGUGAAGAAUAAGGUGAGAGAAUUUGAUAGAAGAUCAUUGAAGCAAUUUCCCUUAGUUGAUCAUUUUAUUAAUUCUCACUAUCUUUUUUCUUGAUGAUGUAUUGACAUUGUUAGGAGAAUGUUGAUAUUGGUCACCCAUGCCCAGGACAAAUAGUCCUCCAAACUAUUUGACCCUGGAUUAUAAUAUUCAGUUACAUACCUAGGGCCAGGUGGUUCAAAGGACAAUCAGAUCUCAAAACUGAUUAUGCAAUGGACAUUUUUGUUGUGUCUGUGUUCGUGAGAUGGUUGUUGAUGGUUUUUUGCUUUCGCUUUUUUUUUUUUUCGCAGAGAAAAUUUUAUGGUCCAGAGCAAAGAUGGAUGCUCAUUAGUGGUAAGAAAACAAUAUAAUUUUGUCAAAACAAUUUUUGUAGCCAUAAAACUAAGUACAAGAUGUGCAGUGUUACAUCGCCCAGAGUGGUCUCCCAUGUAAUAGCACAGUUAUACAUGGCAGUGAGAAAAGGUUUUAAAGCACAUUAAAUUGCAAUGCAAUGUGUAUUCAUCUUUUUAAAAAGUGAAGACGUUACAACAUUAAGGUAAAGUAACUUUCACCUGUGAACGUAGCCUGUAUUCAGAGGUCUCCUAUUUCCUCAUUACCCAAAGUCUUGAGAAACCGGAACAUGAUGAGCAAUCCUUGGUUUGCAACCACGUGACAAGGCGGCCAUGUUGGGAGUCAAAACAACAGAAUUUUUUCUAGAAGAAUUUACAAGUUCCCAGAGGAGAAAAAUGGCCGCCGUGACAUCACGUGGAAACAAGCAAUGGUGUUAUGCAGACGUCCAUUUUUCUCUUGCAACAUAGGAAGCAGGCCUGGGAAACAGGAGAGGUCUGCACGCAGGCUGUCGCUUCUCACCACCCUUCUCUCGGCGUGUUAAACAAAAGCCAAAAAAAAGGUUAAGCGGCUAUGCUCACACUUAUACUGUACUGCUUUUUGUGCCGACACGAAAAUCUCUCUAGCCUGUGUACAGACCCCCUCUCCCCUCAGGUUUUUUUUUUCUGAGGGAAGGGAGAGGGGGUCUGUACACUGGCUAAAAUCUAUCCGGUAUAGUGUGUACACCUAACGGGAUAUGUGACUCUCCACUUUAGAGAUCGGUGUGGUGCCGUCAACAGAAGCUCUAUCCAGUAUGAUUUUCAUGCUGGUGCCGGCAAAAGCCUACCCUGGGUACCGGAGGUUUUUCCUCGCGCGCGUCGGGGAGCUUCGUUUCGUCGGCCGAAGGCCGAAGACACGAGCGGCGCGGGUCACUUUUUAAGACUUGACCGAAACCGGAAACCGCGCAUGAAAAGCCUCUGGCACCUAGGGUAGCAAAAGCCAUCCAGUAAAGUGUGAACUUAGCCUAAAGCUAACAUGCGAUCAGGCGUUCUUUUUUUGCGGAGGAUGGGGAAAGGCCUAUCAAACAAAAAAGGAAAAAGACCGCUUGACCGCAGAUAAGGUUAAAGUAGGUACAUAUGAUAUUGCAUUUGAAUCUGAUUUCUUUGCAGGAUUUUUUCGCAUCGGUGUUUGGAAGGCAGGCCUCCGAGCUUUGCGUAAAGAUAUUGUAUGGGAUCUUAAAGGAGAAGGCCGGAUUUUAGGUGGUGUUUUUGUAGUUGGCCCUGGAGAACAAGGAAUUCUACUUGAUCACGUAGCUAAGGACUUUGGCGAUGAAGUUGAUCCAAAAGAUGUUAUGACUGCCGUUGAGAAAAUUAAAUACUAUAGUUCGGAAAAAUCUCAGUUGUAAUCGGAUGUUCUUAUAGACACUUAAAGGGGCUAUGUCAUGUAGGCUCGAUUACCAGCCGCUGUUCGGGAAAAUUAGCCCGCACUCAUCCCCUCUCUUCGGGGAGGAUCAAAGACCGGACCCAGGAGACGGCGGAAAUCGAGCCUAUAUGCCAUGAGGACAUUGCUGUUUUUUAAUCUGUUCUGAAGUUAUCACUUAGUUCCUUUAUCCAUGCACAAAAUGCUCCAGUUUUGUGUAGAAGAUAUCAAACAAGUUUCAUUAGGGAACGCUAACCAUAAUUUUUUUUUUGGUGAAUUUUGCACGCUGUGAAUCUUGGGGAAAAAAAUGCCCAAUUUUUUCAAGUUUCAAUCCAUGUUCAUCUUUACCAUUUGUUGCAAGAGACGACAGGAAACAGUGUCAAUGCCUAGAUUUAGUAUUAGAUAACAAAACUGGGGCAUUAUUUUUGGAAUUCAAUUAAUGCGAAGACACGUCUUAGCGGUUUACGUUCGUUUCGAUACAAGUUUAUUCAGUUUAGGCGUAACUGACUUAAACUAUAUACUUAAAAUUAUCGAAAUUGAGUUCGUAUCGAAACGACUUUGUAUCGAAAUGACUUUGUAUCGAAACGACCGAACUCCGUCUCAGCUUUACAAAAAGAUACCAAAUAGCUUAACACAGUCCCUUUAAACAGAUCUCAAAAUUAAUAAUGAUUAAGUCCAACUCAUGCAAAAAGAUUCUAACGAGGAAUUUAUUUUACUCAGAUGAUAAAUAAUAAAGUGAGGGGCUGGGGUUUUUUGUAUUAAAGUAUGAAUAUUUUUUGAGCAAAAGGUUCAACAAAAGAACCUUGUCCUUAUAAGCAAUGAAGUUUGGAGUGCAACUAUUCGAAGCAUCCGGUCAAUACAGUACGUUGGCUCCAGAGGUUUGUUCUCAAGAUCUAGAAUAGGAUUUUGUUAGAUCCAACGACGCGACGGCAACGAGAACGUCAAAAAACGAUAGGUUUAGUAGGCAAAACAACAGCCUCACACGUGCAUCACGCUUUUUUGUACAUUUCUUUGCCGUUUUUGGACGACUACGACGUGAACAUACCUAAUUUCGCGUUUUCUAGAGAACGUAAACAAGCAACAACGAAUUUAUAUUUCUCUGACUGAAUUUGGAUAUGGUUCCUAGGAAUUGAACUCCAGGACUGUUCGCUUACAUUUGACAAAGAAAGUGGGUAGGAAUAAUCGCGAUAAAGACUUAAAGAACGCAUAUUCACUUUUUAGCGACGUUCUCGUUGCCGUCGCGUCGUUGGAUCUUAAAAACUCUAAAGACCCUAACAUAAUGGUUUGCACUUGAAAAAGCCUCCGAGAUGGGUUUUUCGUCGGCGCGUUGCGCCUCGUCGCAAAAUUUUUAGUUAAAACUAGUCACAUCCGAGUAUACCAUUCGUGACUGAAUAAAUUACUGAUGUAGCUGGACAAUCCUGAUUAAUAGUGGAAUUCUCCGUAAGAUUUGACUCGUUUGGCCAGCGAGUUUUGACAAAUGGAAAACGCCCUGGUUUUUCGAAGCGUUUUUGUUCAGUUAGAUUAGGUUGAAAAUCAGUGGCUGUAUUAAACCGGCGCGGUCACAUAUAAAGCUUAGUAAGCACAAAAAUACCUUAAAGUAAGCAUGUGAUAUGGUAGAUUAAUCUAUUUACAUGUCCUUUUAAUGUCAGAUAAACAUUUAAUUUUGUUUGGGCCUAU